AUGUUCGCUAGGCCACGCCCCACGUCCUGCCCCGCCCCGCCCGGCAGAUUCCUGUGGACUUGGCUGCCGCGACUUCGGGAGACCCCGAGCUGCGGCGCUCGGUGGGUGAGUCCGCGGUCCGCGGGGGCAGCGAGCCGGGCCCGGGAGCCGGGGGUUGCCGGGACAUGCCAAGGCCUCCGAGAUCGCCAGGGUCGGCCGACGCCGGGACAGCGUGGGACCCAAGGCCCCAGCCUCGGAAUGCCCUCCUUGGUGAAGGCUCUGGGUCAGCCCGGGUCCUCCAGCCCCAGCAUGGCUCCCAACACCUACUGCUGCUCCCUUGCUGCCGUGCAGAGGAGGCUGCCCGUUCUGGCUUGGCUGCCCAACUACUCCCUGCAGUGGCUGAAGAUGGACUUCAUCGCUGGGCUCUCUGUUGGGCUCACAGUCAUUCCCCAGGCACUGGCCUAUGCUGAAGUGGCUGGACUCCUGCCCCAGUAUGGCCUGUACUCUGCCUUCAUGGGAUGCUUUGUGUAUCUCUUCUUGGGCACCUCCCGGGAUGUGACGCUGGGCCCCACAGCCAUCAUGUCCCUCCUGGUCUCCUUCUACACCUUCCACAAGCCUGCCUAUGCUGUGCUGCUGGCCUUCCUGUCCGGCUGUAUCCAGCUGGCCAUGGGAUUCCUGCAUUUGGGGUUCCUGCUGGACUUCAUCUCCUUCCCGGUCAUUAAAGGCUUCACCUCUGCUGCUGCUGUCACCAUUGGCUUUGGACAGAUCAAGAACCUCCUGGGACUGCAGAACAUUCCCAGGCAGUUUUUCCUGCAGGUAUAUCACACCUUCCUCAGCAUUGGAGAGACCAGGGUAGGCGAUGCUGUGCUGGGGCUGGUCUGCAUGGUGCUGCUGCUGGUGCUGAAGCUGAUGCGGGACCAUGUGCCUCCCGUCUACCUCGACAUGCCCCCUGGUGUGCGGCUCAGCCACGGUCUGGUUUGGGUUGCGACGACAGCUCGCAACGCCCUGGUGGUCUUCUUCGCAGCUCUGGUCGCCUACUCCUUCGAGGUGACUGGAUACCAGCCUUUUAUGCUAACUGGGGAGACGGCAGAAGGGCUCCCUCCAGUCCGGGCCCCUCCAUUCUCAGUGACCACCACCAACGGGACAGUCUCCUUCACCGAGAUGGUGCAGGACAUGGGGGCAGGGCUGGCUGUGGUGCCUCUGAUGGGCCUGCUGGAGAGCAUCGCGGUGGCCAAGGCCUUUGCGUCUGAGAAUAAUUACCGCAUCGACGCCAACCAGGAGCUGCUAGCCAUUGGCCUCACCAACGUGCUGGGCUCCCUGGUCUCAUCCUACCCCGUCACAGGCAGCUUUGGACGGACGGCAGUGAAUGCCCAGUCUGGGGUGUGCACCCCAGCAGGGGGGCUGGUGACAGGAGCACUGGUGCUGCUGUCACUGGCCUACCUGACCUCCCAGUUUCACUACAUCCCCAAAGCCGCUCUGGCUGCGGUCAUCAUCAUGGCGGUGGCCCCGCUGUUUGACACCAAGAUCUUCAGGACGCUCUGGCGCGUUAAGAGGCUUGACCUGCUGCCCCUGUGCGUGACAUUCCUGCUGUGCUUCUGGGAGGUGCAGUACGGCAUCCUGGCCGGGGUGCUGGUGUCCUUGUUCCUGCUUCUGCGCGCCGUGGCCAGGCCCGGGACCCAGGUGUCUGAGGGGCCAGUUAUUGUCCUGCAGCCAGCCAGCAGCCUUCACUUCCCUGCUGUUGAGUCUCUGCGGGAGGCCAUCCUGAGCCAGGCCCUGGAAGUGUCCCCCCCACGCUGCGUGGUCCUGGAGUGCACCCAUGUCUGCAGCAUCGACUACACUGUGGUGCUGGGGCUCAGCGAUCUCCUGCAGGAUUUCCACAAGCAGGGUGCCAGCCUGGUCUUUGCCGGCCUACAGGUCCCUGUUCUUCGUGUCCUGCUGUCUGCUGACCUGCAGGGGUUCCAGUACUUCUCCACCGUGGAGGAAGCAGAGAAAUACCUGAGGCAGGAGCCGGGGACACAGCCCUACAACAUCAGCGAAGACUCUCUUCCGGAACACAAGGUCGCCCUGCUGAAGGCUUAAGGGAGCCACCCAUAGGCGUCCAGUGUUUGAAGGAUGUCCCGGAAGGUUCUCCCACUGUGAUUUGCUGCCGGAUGCCAGAUGCUGCCUGACAGACACACUGGCCUGGUGGGGUUGACGAACACCUGAGCAAGUGACCCUGGGGGAGGGGAAGGAGGCCUGUGUGGAGAUGCCCAGGUGGGCCUCAUCGAAUUCCCUCCUGCUGUUCCCUGGCAGGAACCCUUUGGGAAGAGUGGUUUGGAGAGAGCCUUUUAGAGUGACAGACCACAUGAGAAAGGAAGGAGCAGGGGUUUCCAGCCUGGGCCAGGAGUGGGAUCCUCCGGCCCGCAGCACCUGCCUGAUCUUGGUCUUGAGUUCCACCUUCAAGCCAGGUUGGGGGGUUGAGGAGGUGCAGGCAUUUGGGAGAUGGGUCUGCUCUCAAUGGCAGUAUUUGUGCUAUUUUUGGAGAGAAAGCCAAGGUGUGCCAAAUGAAGUCUAUUUAAAAAUGAUUUUGUGAUUUUUAAAUGAAAAAGUUAAUAGCUUUGGUGAUUUUGUAAAUAUCAUAAAUGAACUGUAAAAAACAUAGGAAACCAUUCCCUGCCAGUCCAGUCUGGCCAUCUCUUCAGCGCCACGAGGGUGUGUAUUUGUCAGUGUGUGGAUAUGUUUACAGCUUCACGUAAACGGGAUUGUUUCAUACAUGGUGCUCUGUACCCCAUUUUUCAUGGUGUUGUUUUCUGUGAAGUAUUUAUUGUGAUGAUAAAUAGUGUCCGGGUGCAGGACUCUUAA